AUGGAUGUCACCAAGGCCGUACAGACGUACGUCUUCAAGAUGAUCAACCAGGUCUCUGGCAUGAAGGUCCUGCUCCUCGAUGCCCAUACUACACCCAUUGUCUCUCUCGUCACCACACAAAGCGAGCUGCUGGCUCACGAGGUCUAUCUGACAGACCGCAUAGACAAUUCCUCUCGGGAACCCCUCAACCAUCUCUCCUGUAUCGCAUUUCUCUCUCCCACACGCUCAUCUAUCGAAGCCGUCAAAUCCGAGCUGGCCAAACCGCGGUAUGGCAGCUACUGGCUAUUCUUCUCGAAUGUCCUCCAGAAAAGCCAGAUUGAAGAGAUGGCGAGCGUGGACGAAUUUGAAGUCGUCAAGGAGGUCCAAGAAUACUUUGCCGACUAUCUAGCUCAUUAUCCGUCGCAUUGGAGUCUGACACCGGCAGCUCUUGCAGAUGGCGGAGACGGCCCACCCAAUCCACCCCUCUAUCUUCCCCCGCCCCUUCAUCUCCCACCCCCGACUUUAGAUUCCCACCUCCAAUCCGUCCUCGCCCUCCUUCUCUCCCUCAAGAAACGCCCCAUCAUCCGCUGGGAACGCAUGUCCCAACCCGGCCGAACCCUCGCCCAAGCCGUGUCAGGCGAGAUCAACUCCAAAUACCGCGACCUCUUUGAUUUCCGCGGUACCCAAGGUCCUGCCCCUCUGCUCUUAAUACUAGAUAGGCGGAAUGACCCGGUGACGCCGUUACUGAGCCAAUGGACGUAUCAGGCAAUGGUGCACGAGCUGCUGGGGAUCACGAAUGGACGGGUGAGGAUACCGAACGAGUCCAAGCCAGAGCUCCGGGACCUCAUACUCUCACCUACGUCUGACCCGUUCUACUCGCAAAACCUGUUUUCGAACUUUGGUGAUCUCGGCGCAUCCAUCGCAGAGUACGUCUCGUCCUACCAGGCGCGUAAUGCUGCGCUCUCGGGCGUCAAGUCGACGGAUAGGAUUGAGACUGUGGCGGAUAUGAAGCGCUUUGUGGAAGACUAUCCUGAAUUCAGAAAGCUCGGAGGGAAUGUUAGUAAACAUGUCAGUAUCGUCGGGGAGCUGAGUCGGAUCGUGGAGCGUGAUGGGUUGUUGGAAGUGAGCGAGGUGGAACAGAGUCUGGCGAGUCAGGACAGCCACGCCGCUGAUCUCAAAAGCGUCCAAGAACUCAUCUCCUCCCCCAAGAUCACCCCAGCCAACAAACUGCGCCUAGCAAUCCUCUACGCCCUCCGCUACCAAAAAUCCCCCUCCGCCCAAAUCCCCCAAAUCACCUCCCUCCUCACCACCGCCGGCCACCUCCCCCCCGCCCAGGCCCGGCUCGUAUACGCCUUCCUCAAUUUCUGCGGUACCGACGUCAGGCAAGAUGACCUGUUUAUGAAUGAAAACUUCUUCUCGAGAGGGAAGAGUGCGUUGAAAGGGUUGAAAGGGGUGGAGAAUGUGUAUACGCAGCAUACGCCGCAUUUGGGGCAGACGUUGGAUUUGUUGUUGAAGGGGAGGUUGAGGGAGACGAGUUAUCCAUUCUUGGAAGGAGACGAGUGGGCCAGAAGCCAGAGACCGCAAGACAUCAUCAUCUUCAUGCUCGGCGGUACGACAUACGAAGAAGCCCGUACCGUCGCGCUCCUCAACCAGAGACUCGCAUCCGAAGCCAACGGUCCGGCCGGAGGUACACGUAUCAUACUCGGCGGUAGCACCAUCCACAACUCCAACAGUUUCCUGGAUAUGGUCGAACAAGCGGCAGAGCAUUAUCCCGAAUCCAUCUACCAACCCCCGCCAGGCUUGUCCACCGCCGGCUACGCCCUUCCACCCGUCUCCUCCUCCUCCGCCAACUUUAGCACACCAUCAGCGGAAGAAGCAGCCGGCAAUACCAGCGGCGUCAGCCUUCGCGCUGGAGGGUACGAGCUCAAUGUGGGCGGGGUGGCUGGUUCGGGGCUGUAUAGGACUACACCGGGGGAUGUGGGCGCGACGUUUGAGAUGCCCAAGAUGGAUCAAGUGGCGGGUGGGCUGAGGGAUGGAGCGGGGAGACUUUGGGGGAAUGUCCGGCAGAAGAUGGGCGAGCGCGCGAGUAGGGGACCGACACCGCAACCAUAG